AUGGAUGACGUGAACAUCCAGGAUGGACUAGGGAGAGUGAGGAGGACACGAGGACCCACUCGAGCACGGGACGUGUGGAGCCUACACGAGGAUGAGAAGAUUGUGAAAAGUUUUUUGCUCCCUAAAGAGAGCCAUGAUUGGGUGCUGAAGUCCGUCAACCGCAAGUGGAAAGAAUAUAGGGCCAAGUUAAAGGCAGACUGGAAGCACGAUGAGCGCGUCGGGGAGUCAUUAUCAUCCUACGCGACCAGUCAUAUCGAAGCUCAGGUGCUAGCUGAAUUAUUGGGCCUAGAGCGUUAUGGUAGAGUGAGGGGUUAUGGCGUUGGGGUUACCCCCACUCAGUUGUCUGCAGUGGGCAUGUAUACAAGAAAUGCUGGAGAAGGCAGUAGCAAUGCAGAAGUUAGUAGACUUCGGGCAACAAUUGAAGAUAUGAAGGAUCACCAUCAGGCAGAGUUGGCAGAGCUGAAGCAGAACCAACAAACUUUGCAGUAUCAGCUUGAGCAUAUUUCAUCUAUGUUACAGCGAUAUCUCCCUCCUCAGAUUCCUGAUACUUCAACAGUUCGUAGAGAUGGUGAUGGUGCUGAAUCCGGUCCCUGAUACUUUUUAGACUGUUAUUUAAGGAGUUUUAUAUGUAUCUUUCUUAUAUUUUUCAAAGUACAAUGUAAUUCUAAAACUUAUUAAUCAUGUAUGACAAUAUGAAUGUUUUGAAUGACCUGAAUAUUUGUGUUGAUAUAAAUGUAAUGCAGGUUUAUAUUGAUGUAAAUGUUGAUUUAUG